UUACAAAAAUGAGAACAAAAUUAUUGUAAUAUCCAGUGGAAUGUAAAACAACGACCCAGUAUACUUGAAAACUCGAUUGUAUGAACCAGUGAACUUUAAAAAUCAAUUAUCAAUCUAAAAGCUAAAAUGAAUAAAUACAUUUUAAAUGACAAUUAUAAAAAUUUGAUAUUAAUUAACAAAUUAUCAUCACAAUCAAGCUGAAUUAUCAAUAGUAAUAAUAAUGUUAAAACAAUAAAAAAAUAUUAAAAAACAAUGAUAGGAUUAAUACAAUCAUUGUCAUGCUAAAAUCAUCAAAAAAUAUAUCAAAUUGCUGUUCAUUUCAGUCAGCAAAUUACUUAAAACCACCAGAACAACGUAAAACACGUCGUUUAAAUGGUCUACAAUUACCAUUACAUCCACAACAAAUUGUUGGAUGGUUAAUUUUGCUGCUACUAAUAACAACCUUCAUCAUAAAAUUAUUACCACAAGUUAAUAAACCAUACAAUGACAUUCUAAAAUAUUUAGUAACAAUUGUAUUAAUAAUACAUAUAUCAUCACAUUUAUUAUCAUUACUAAUUGAUCCAUCAUCAUCAAAAAUACGUAAACAACCAAGUAAUAUUGUUGUACCAGAAUUUGAUAAAACAAAGCAUCAACAUGUCAUUGAAAAUGGACGUUGUCAUUUGUGUAAUAUAACAAUAUCAAGUGAAAAAAAAACUAAACAUUGUUCUGUAUGUAAUAAAUGUAUUGAUAAUUUUGAUCAUCAUUGUAUGUGGUUAAACAAUUGUAUUGGUAAACGUAAUUAUAAAUUUUUUAUAAUAUGUAUUGUAUCAGCAAUAGUAUCAGCAUUGAUAUCAUUUUUAUUAUCAUUCAUUGAAAUUGCAACGAGUAUUAAUUAUUACAUUAACAAUCAAACAAAUAAUACAAUAAUUAUGGACAACAAUACAACAUUACCAAUAACACCAAUACAAGAUAAUAGUUCAUUGAUAAUAAUAACAAUUGUUUGUUUAUUAUCAGCAAUUGCUGCUGCAUUAUUGAUACAUCUUUGUGUCUUCCAUGGUUACAUAACGUAUUUGGGAAUAACAACAUAUGAAUAUGUUAAAAAUAAACGUGAAUUAAAUAAUAUUAAUAAUACAACAAUAACAUCAUUAACAUCAGCAUCAGCAACAACACCGUCAACAAUGACUAUGACAAUGCCAAUGCAAAAUUAUCAGCCAACAAAUAAUCGUCAAUAUCUUUGUCUAAAUAAUCUUAAUAAUAAUAAUUAUCAUUUUUGUAAUAAUAUUAAUAAUAGCAGCAUGAAUAGUGAUAAUCGAAAUCAUGUUUAUAUUUGUUCAACAACAAAUGAUAUUAAAAAUAAUAUACAAAAUAAUGAUAAACGUAAUUUUCAUUUAUAUUUUUCAUAUAAAAAUCAUGAAGAAGCAACGUCCAUUGAGCUUACAUCACAAACAAUUGAAACAAAUAAAAAAAUUGUAAAUAAUAGUAUUGAAUUGAAGCCAUCAACACCAUCACCAGUGUCAUGUUGUUUUUCGAUUAUUAAAAAUCACAAUUGGUCUGAUAGAUAUAAUAAAAAUAAAAAUAAAAAUCAACAUGAUAGUAAUUUUGUAAAUAGUGAUGAUAAAUUAACAACAACAAAAUGUAAAACUGUUAAGAGAAUACAAAAAUAUUUACGUACACGUUUGCGUAAAAAUACACGUCAAAAAAAGCUUGAUUCAAAUAAAAAUAUCAAGGGUAAAAAAAAUCGUGUAUCACCAGUGGAAAGUCCAGAUUAUUUAGAUUUAAAAGAUGAAGAAAUUAUGACAAUUAUGCCAAGUGUUGUUGAUAAAAAACAAGAUGAAGAAGUGGAUCAACGAAUUCAAGUUUCAGUUAUACCACAAAGACAACAAAUAACAUUGCCACCGUUGAAUUUAUCAACGACUGAUUUAUCAAAUGAUAUUAUACAUGAAAAUAAAAUAUUUAAUUUACCAGUAUGUAAGAGAAAUCAACAACAAUUACGAAUAAGAAGAUCAUCAUUUAAUCGUAGACCAAGAUUUAAAAUAAGUCAACAUGUUACACAAUCAGCACAAUUAUCACCAAUACCUGAAUCGGAAUUAUCAAAACCAACAUCACCAAGAUCACCAAUUCAAAAAAAACAUUUUUUUCCUGAUGACUGAAUUUAUUAAUCAAUAUUAUUUAUUAUUUUUUUUUGUUUAUUUAAUGGUACAUCA